AGGUGCUUCUGUGUGUAGCCGUAGCAAAAAGCUGUGAGGCAGAUCUUCUUCGACUUCUUAUUUUUACAAAGAUGGGCCGAAUCCAAGGAGUAUUUCUGAUAACGGGCGCAAAUCGUGGGAUCGGAUUGGAAAUGACUCGAUCCUUGUUAACUAUGUCUGAUGUAUGUAGAGUGUACGCUGGCUGCCGUGAUAGGGAGAAAGCUGAGAAACUCCGCAACUUGCAAGAUCCUAAAAAGAAGCUUCGUGUUGUGGAACUGGAUGUUUCCAAAGACUGGAGCAUAAAAAACGCGUUAGAGGCUGUUGCUAAAGAAAGUGGACACAUCAAUGUGCUAAUAAACAAUGCAGCUAUACUUGAGAAGGAUCACAAAGGAGGAAUCCCAGAUGGCGACCGAGGAGCCUGGCUACGACAUUUUGACAUCAACAUUGUGUCUUAUGCGAUGAUGAUUCAAGAGUGUCUUCCAUUACUGCGGGUUUCAAUGUCACAACAAAAACCCGCAACUAUAAUUAAUAUAUCUGGUAGAAAAGGAUCUAUCGAACUAUGCACGGGCACAGAGGAGGUCCACGGUAAUUAUGCAUACAUGUGCAGCAAGGCCGCAGUAAAUCAACUCACCCGUGUACUUUCUCUGGAAUAUCCAUCUAUGCUUGUUGUGUCGAUGUGUCCUGGAUGGAAUCGAACAGAUAUGGGUGGACCAAAAGGUAUGAAAGAUCCGUCCGAAACGGCUCCAGAGCUUCUGAAUACAGUAAACGCUAUGGUUACCUCUGAACAUUCCGGAAAAUUUUGGGACCGAAAAGGGAGACCCAUCCCCUACUAAGAGGCUUUCUUCUGUAUACAUAAAACCAACUAUGCUCAUAAUACUGUAACAGUGAGUGUUUUGUAUAUGUUGUACCUAGUGUACUCUUCAUUAAACAUAGUUACUGAGCAGCCUUACCUCUUUUGUGAACUUGACAUCAGUGACUAAGUGGGUCACGCAUAAAUGUGUAGUGACUCAUCUCGCAGAUUAUAUGAACGUAGUUUGUUAAUGAAUGUACUCAGAGGUUUGUUUCAACUUGCGAUGUACCAAACUUGCCAAAACUCAAAAUCUUAUAAAACUUUUCACCUCUAAAUUCUGUGAUAGUAUGCG